UUUCCCUGUUCCAGUCAAACAACCACGUGGCUGUGGGCGUACCCUAUUUAGCCUUCUAGUUCUAGCUCUGAACACGAAUUUACAUGUAAAUAAGUUGCCAUGGCCUAUACUGAAGUGUCCCGCUGUGUGGUGAGUGGAGUGGAGGUGAGGAAGCUGAGGUCUACCAGGACAGGCCUGACUGUGUGUCUGGCUCAAGUGGAGGGGCCUCUGGUCAACGGAUACUUCUGUCUUGCAACGGAAGCGCACGAUCACGACGGCCUCCCUCACACUCUAGAACAUCUCGUCUUCAUGGGCAGUGAAGAUUAUCCUUAUAAGGGUGUGCUGGAUAUGCUGAGUAAUCGUUGCCUAGCCCAAGGCACUAAUGCUUGGACAGACGUGGACCACACCUGUUACACUGUCACCACGGCUGGCAGUGAGGGGUUCCUCAAUCUCCUCCCCAUCUACCUCGACCACAUCCUCUACCCAACACUCACUGAUUCAGCGUAUGUGACGGAGGUCCACCAUGUCAACGGCCAGGGGGAGGAUGCCGGGGUGGUCUACUGUGAGAUGCAGGCUCGUGAGAACACUCCAGAAAGCCUCUCAAUCUUCCAGCUCUAUCAGGACAUGUAUCCAGGGAGGUGUGGCUACAAGUCAGAAACAGGAGGACUAAUGAAAAACUUACGAGAAAGUACCUCUAAUAAAAAAGUACGAGACUACCACCACUCCUACUAUCGUCAUGACAACAUGUGCCUCAUAGUAACAGGUCAAGUGGACCCAGACAAACUGUUCAAAACUCUUCAACCAUUUGAAGACAAGAUAGUCAGCAAAGGCCCCCUACCAGCAAUGGCUCGUCCCUGGCAGUCUUCCGUACCCCCACUCACUGACACGGUUACGAGGGAUAUCCCCUUCCCCACAGCGGAGAUGGAGGAUGGUAUUGUGAGGGUGUGUGUGCGUGGACCCUGCGCCCUGGACCGCUACGCUAUGGCAGCUGCGGGUGUUGUCAUGGAGUACCUCUCAGACACACCAGUGGCUCCAAUACAACGAGACCUUGUUGAAAUUGAGGACCCAUUUUGCUCUGAUGUUGAACAAAUUAUUGUCGAGAAUCGUGAAGUGUUGUUGGGCUUCACGCUACAGGGAGUGCCUGUAGACAAGCUGGACGUCGCUCCGAAAAAGGUCCUGGACGUCCUUGAGGGGAUUGCCAAUGGAAAAGAGGCUAUAGAUGAGGAAAGAAUGACUGCCAUUAUCAAGAGACAAAUACUGAACAUCCACAAUCAAGUGGAGGAGGUUCCACAUGAGUUCUUUGCGUUCACUAUUAUUGGAGACUUUCUGUUUGGGGAUUCCCCUGGGGAUUUCCCCUCGUACCUGAACCAGGAGCCGAGACUGAGACAGCUGCUCAGUGAACCACCCUCCUUCUGGACGGCCCUGGUAGGGAAGUACUUCAUCGAGAGACCUCACGUCAUUGUGUGUGGUCGACCUGAUUCUGAGUUGGCAGUCUCUAUACAGGCCCAGGAGGCCAGUCGAGUGGCAGAGCGUGUGCAGCAGUGGGGGGAGGGAGGGCUGAAGGAGAGAGCACGCAUUGUUGAGGAGGCAUGUCAACAAAAUGAGAUCCCCGCCCCCACUUCACUGACGAGCUCCCUGAGUGUCCCUGGUAUAGAGUCUAUUGUGUUCCACCCUCUCAGUGUGGCAGCCAACUACAUGACGUCAGACCAGCUGCCCCCCUGUGUGGGAAUGGCCGUGGAGAAACUACCGUUCGUGUUUCAACUCAACCAAAUCCACUCAGGAUUUGUGCAGCUAACAGCCAUUCUGGACACAGCCGCUCUCUCUCAAGAAGAGAGGCUCUACCUACCACUCUAUCAGGAGCUGCUCUUUGAGUCUCCUCUGCUCAGGAAGGGAGAGUUGCUCCCCUACGAGGCUGUGGUGAACCAGUUGAAUGCAGACACAGUUCAGUUCAGUGCCGGGCUGGGUCUGGAUGGAGGCCGCUUUAAGACAGGGAAGUACUCUCAAGCUCUGUUCAUAUCUAUCAAGGUAGAGGUGGACAAGUACAGUACCGGUGUCCAAUGGUUGAAGGACAUCCUUUACAACGUUCAGUUCUCUACUGAGAGAGUGGGUGUGGUCACUAGUAAGAUGCUCAACGACGUCCCGAGACUGAAGCGUAAGGGUAAUCAUGUGACCCGCACCCUCCACCAGUCCCUCCUCUACACUGCCUCGGCUAACGCUAACCUCACUAAUAUGUCCACUCAGCAUUCCUUCCUCACUGCACUCAAGGAGCGCUCCGGUGGGGAGGUGUUGGGGGACAUUACCCGGCUAAGAGACAAGCUUGUGUCACCAAAUAACCUCCGAGUUGUCAUGGGAACAGAUGUAAACAGACUGAGUGAUCCAUUGGAGCCAUGGAAAGACUUCACUGCCCAGCCAAGCUCAGUGCCUCCUGCUAGUAUGCCCUCCAUCUCUCCGUCUAAGCAGUUCCUAAAGGAUGACUGUAUUGGCCGAGCUGUGGUUGCCGGGGUAACAGGGGUGGAGUCCAACUUCCUCAUACAGAGCACCGAGGGUGUUGACUGCUUCACUCAUCCCGACUACCCAGCUAUACUUGUAUUCAUGGAAUAUCUUUGUGCCCUCGAGGGUCCCAUGUGGCGUCAGAUACGUGGAAUGGGGCUCUCUUAUCACUACAGUAUGUCCGCUAGCCCAGAGAGCGGUAAAUUGACCUUUGUACUCUACAAGUCUUCUCAACUCGUGCGGGCAUACGAAGUUGCCAUGGAGAUUAUGGGUGGUUUUGUGAGUGGCAGUACAUUGUUUGAGAUGGGUGAGCUAGAGGCUGCUAUCAGUGGCGUCAUCUAUGAGACCAUACAACGAGAGAAGACGGUGUCCAGCUGUGAGCAAGAGGCCACACUCAACUAUAUCAAGCAGUUGGAGCAAUCGUACAACAAGAAGCUGCUCUCUCUUGUGGCCAAGGUGACGGUGGACGACUUGAAGAGAGUGGGCGGGGCUUACUUUACUCGGCUGUUUGACCAUGCCCACACCACUACGGCUGUGUGCUGCAACCCCAGUAAGGUCACAGAGGUCAAGGAGGGACUGGAGAAGUGCGGACUAAACGUGGAGUGCUUAUCAAACCUUUCUAAACUAUCAGCUAUUUAACUGUAUAAUAAUUAUUAGCAAUAAUGAUUUAUUUGGAACUGAUUUGUAAUCAUUUGUAUGACAAGAGGGCGUAAUUAUUGCAUGCAUUGACAAUUUACACUGUUAGUGUAUAAUAUCCAAUCAUAUAAAAUUAUUGAAUUUAUGUUGAA